AUGGAGGUAGAAUCCAAGGGAGUCUACGGCUUCACCAUGGUUUUAGGUGAGAACCGUUGGGAGACCUUCCAGAUUUGGGAAGAUGGUGAUCCAGACAAGGUGCUGCAUCCGGGUUCCCAUUGGGCUGACAUGGAAGCAUCAGUGCUGGGGCCAUCCCGUCAGGCCGUUUGUGGCCGCUACGCCACCUGGAGAAUUUCCGGGAAGCCUACAAAGGUGCGGCUCCUCAAUGAAGAUCAGGCACAAGAAAUGGGCGUGGGCACUUGCGCUGAGGAGAUGCUCUCCUACGCUGGUGACGUUGAAAUCCGAAUGCUUACGGCCUUCCCAGGCGAUUACAUGCCUGAGGGCGGUGAGAUUCCGGUUGUGGACCAAGACGAACAGCUGUUGGGAAUGCCGGGAGAUCGGUACCGGGUGUUGCUCCGCCUUGGUGGCAAAUAUCGACGAGUGGAAUGGCGAAAGCUGACCACGACAGUGCCACAGGCUUUGCGAGCUUCAUCCUACUACAUUGCUGGAGACUUCAACUUUUGGGAGUUCCAGCCUAUGCAGGAGGAGGAGGCCUCAGCUGGCAGCAAAGCGCGCAGUUUCUUCACCGAGGUGAAGCUGCGGAGCAGUGAGGAUGUGUUCCAGGUCGUGAGGAACAAGGACUGGGACCAGGCAUUUUACCCUCAGGCUGACACCCAAAACCUUAGGGGUCCUGAUGGCUACGGCGUGGCAAAGGGCUGGCGUCUACCUGGCAAGGCUGGCGAUGUUUUCCGGAUCCACUUCAGGAGAACCCUACCUUCUAGCGGCGUCGACGACAAGUCUGUGAGUUGGAGCCUCCAGCCGCCGUCAGCCAGUCCCAGCCAGGAGCUGGCUUUGCAACACAGCUAUUGCAUUGUUGGCUCUUGGAGCAGCUUUGUCUCCAAGGAUUCCAUGACCUUUGACCAGGCUAAAUCUACUUGGCUGGCUGAGGUGCAGGUGGGGCAAAGUGGCAUGGAAUUCUUCCAGAUUUUGCUGAAUGGCAACUGGUUAGCGGCUGUUUACCCCAACAGCUACGAGGCCGACUUUCGGAGAAACGGCCACGUAGUGCUCGGUCCUGAUAGCCGUGGUGGACGCAGCUACUGGUGCCUGCAGGAUGGCCUGGAGCCUGGAGAUAGAGUCCAGGUUAUGUUGGAGGUGUGGUUCGGGCUGCGGCAUGCCCCAUGA